CCUGACAAUCAUAGAAGUAUGGCUACAUCGCAUCAGCAGCCACAGGGAAACGAUGUUGGUAUAUCUAGUCAAAUAUCGGCUAGUCUUAUAGUUAAGAAUAGAAAGGAAUUCAACGACCCCAUUCAUGGCCAGAUAGAGAUCCAUCCAGUGUGCAUCAGAGUCAUAGAUACACCACAGUUCCAGCGUCUGAGACACAUCAAACAACUUGAUACCUGUUAUCUGGUUUAUCCAGGUGCCAGCCAUAACAGGUUCGAACAUUCCCUAGGUGUUUGUCACCUCGCUGGAAAGUUGUUAAGGACAAUAAGAGAACGACAACCGGACGUAAAUAUAACGGAUACAGACAUUUUGUGUGUGGAAAUAGCUGGACUAUGUCAUGACCUAGGCCAAGGACCAUUUUCCCAUGUGUUUGAAAAAAAACUUAUGCCAAGACUGAAAAAAAAGUUUACGCAUGAAGGAGCUGCAAGAAAAAUGUUUGAAUAUAUGUUAGACAACAAUAAUGGUGAAGUUAAAAAGGACAUCCAGAAAAUACUUGCUGACUGCAAACUACAAAAAUUUGAAGAAGAAGACUUUACUUUUAUCAAAGAAAUGAUAGAUGAUCCCAAAAAUAUGGAAACAGAGAAUUGGCCAUAUGAAGGAAGAAGCGAGAGCAAGAGUUUUAUGUAUGAGAUCGUGGCAAAUAAAAGAAAUGGAAUAGAUGUCGACAAGUGGGACUACAUAGCGCGUGACAGCUAUAUGCUUGGAAUGAAAGUCAAUUUUGACCAUAAUCGUUGUUUUGCAAGUGCACGUGUUCUUGAGGUCAAUGUUACGAACGGCGGCAACGGAAAAAAUGGACAGAACGGGCAAGAAGGAACGGGAGAUAGAAAUGAAAGCAGUAGAACUGAUACACCACAUGAAAGCGGCGAAAAUGACGAAAGAACAAAUGAAGGAAAUCGGAACGUUUACCGGAAACAAAUAUGCUACAGGGAGAAAGUAGCGCAGGAUUUAUACGACAUGUUCUAUACGAGAAUGACAUUGCAUAGGCGCGCGUAUCAGCACAAGACUCAUAACUUAAUAGGAAUGAUGAUUUGUGACGCUCUAACUGCAGCAAGUGAUACAUUACUAAUUUAUAAAAAGAGUAUUUCCGAAAUAGUGGAAAAGAACGACAUGGCGGCCUUUACACAUCUCACUGAUGACGUAAUUCAGCUAAUUUUGGAUUUACCAAACGGUGACGAGGGUCCAGGCAAUGUCUCUACACACGAAGAAAGCUCUGACCACAUAGAUCCAAGGUCAAUUUUACGUGACAUUUCCAACAGAAGACUAUACAAGUGUGUUGGACAAACGCAAAUCGAGAAAGGAAAAUUGAAAGAUGAAGAAGAAUUCAAAAAGCAGUUCACUGACAUCCUAACAGAAGACGAACGCCCAGUUGAAGAGAGAUACAUUGGAUAUGAUAUCGUGAAUUUAGAUUAUGGGAUGGAAGAAAAAGAUCCUAUGGAAAAUGUGAGAUUUUACAGAAAGGACGAUAUAAACACUCCAAUAAAGUUGACUAGAACUCAGGUUUCCUACGUACUACCUGAUACUUUUGCAGAACAUGUUGUACGUGUAUACUGCAAAGACACAGGUCCAGAUAAUGAACGUCGAAUAGAGAGAGUCAGGAAAGCGUUCAUAAGAUGGUGUUAUUUGAAUAACCAUCCCCUACCAAAGGGCGAAAAACAACGAAGGGCAAAUGAAAGACCACUACAAAGUAUUGCAAGACCCGAGUCAGGUACAAGGCGAAACUCUAACGAGUAUCUUGAAAACAAACCUUUGGUGGAACCUACAUUUUCUGCAACAACGGAAGAGCAACCUGGUUCCUAUCACGCUGGAGGAGUAGAUGUACGUCCAGUGCAACCGUUGGCUUCUGAUAGGAUGCAACAUUAA